AUGGCAAAGCGGCAUUGCGAUGAUCCGUCGUCUGAGCAGGCGAGCAAAAGACAACGAUCCCAGGAGCAGCUCCUCCAGUACAAUGCGUAUGGCUAUGGAGCGUAUGGUUAUGGCCAGCAAGUGGCGACACCGUAUGGACACGAUGAAAGCGGUAUGAUGCAGGGUAUGAUCGCUCCGGGUGGUGGUGGCGGAGGUGGUGGAGGUGGUAGCUCUGGUGGUGCCUACAAUGCUCAUAUGUUGGCAAUCUCGAUGCAAGCAUAA